AUGACCUCGCGCGAACCGUCUGCGGCACCUUCAGAAGGCGACACCAUCGACGAUCAGAUGGAAGAUACGAAACCCGACCCGGCAGAACUUGAACAAGAGCAAGUUGAAACUACGGAAGAACCGUCUGCUGGCCCAACCCCUACGAGCGGUCGUCGAGCACCCCGAAAGACCGUAUCGGCAAGAAAAGCAAGACCGCGAAAAGGUGCAAUUUGGAUACAUGAACAACCUCACGAAGGCACUGAGGAUGAGGGCAGCGUCAUCUCAGCGUCUCUUUCACGAACCAAAAAGUCAGAGGCCACUCCUGAGUCAGAGCCUAGAACAAUAGGAACCGCGGUGGGCACGAGAAGACAGGCUAAUGGCACUGUUGGCUCCGUUUACUCCGGGAGCAAGGUUAGGCACAUCAAGAAGCCCGAUGGCACACCUCUAUGGCGCAAGGAAAUCCAGUACGAAUUCUUGCGCAUCGUCAUCGAGGACACGAAGCCAGUGUUCACGCGAAUCAGUGAUGGAAAACCCGGCUGCUUCUUCUCGGACAUAUACGUGGACUGCAUGGCAAGGAGUUCCAAGACAAGCAAGAUCCUCAAAGACAGGCUUCAGGUCGAUCGACAGGCUGCCCACAACAUGGCCAUGAUAUGUCUGCUUGUCAACGUCGGCCGCAUGAACACGACAUUGAACUUUUUCCCGGAGAUGAGAGCGCAGCUAAGAACCUACCAUUCCAUCCCUUCUCUGCAAGCGUACAAAAGCCAAAGAGACUAUAAAUCACUGCAAGAUGCCCCAAGGCUGAAGAGCAUCCUCAAGGGCGCAAGCGAAGACACCGAUGAACCUCGGACACUAGCCACAAUCAAGGCUAAACCAGUUCCAAGGACGAAUCCGGUCAAUUUGAUAUUCGUACUCUCCCAGUUUGCGCCCAAGAUCAGCGAGAUGCACUUCACUGAUAAAGUCGAUUUCUUUGAUCUUGCCAUGCGACCUACCAUCUCAUCCGGGACCAGGGCCAGAGCGUUUUUGUGGCUCAUGUGGUGGUAUCUCGAGUCAAACUUCACAAAGGAAGACGCGCUGCGGAAUCCGUACGGUCCUGGAGAGUAUAGAGAAGAUGAUGACCCCGACGAUCCCGACACAAUACCACAACUGGUUCCCAAAUUGACUACCAUCACAGAAGCAGAGGGUGAUGCUGAGAAUGUCGACCCGCCGGAAGAGAUUGCCUUUGCAGAGAAAAUGACCCAGGAAAGGCGGAGGAUCAUGCUGGAGAACGCCAGUGAACCACCAUUGGUUAUGGCUGACCCAGGAAAUCCGGACCAUAAAGCCCUGAAACGUCUCAAGAGGAGCGCCGCAUACGGGGACGAGGACUCCCUUAUCUCUGACGCAGAUUCACGGGCAAGUCCCGGUGUAGGACGUUCCCCAGCGCCUGAAUCUCUUGGUCACCAUGGACACGUUAUGAGUAGCGCCCUCGGGGGUCAAGCGGACAGCCUGGAUGAUGAUUGGGAAGCAGUCGACCCGCACCCUGGCCGCGGACGAUACAAGCGUGUCAGGGGGAAGAACACACCGACACGAAGCCGAGGGGGUGGUAGACAGAGCGAUGGGCCCAGGAGCUUGCUCAAGUCAGGUCGCAAUGCUGGGACUCCAGACACAACGGAUCGGUACCGAGGGACCCCUCAACCCCUACAUCCCGGUGGUGGUAAUCAUCCAGUCAUCGGUCAGUUUGGCGCACACCGAGGAAAGAACGAGAUUGACGUGCUAGGGGGCCGACACGAGCCGGCAGCCGGGGGGACAGGUACCAAGGCCAAGCCCAGGACAGGGUAUCAGCGCGAACUAGAGGAACAUAGACAGCGUCGAGUCGAAUGGUCGCUCCGGAGACGUCGUAGGCAGGCCCUCAAAGAAGCACGGCAGUUGAGGGAAGGGUGCAGAUGGCUGCUAAAGGUGGCUAGACGAGUCAGCGAGCUCCCUCCAACGUAUGACAGCGAAGAGGAAGAAGAGACAGGAGGAACUGGUUUUGCCGGUCUUCUUGGCCACAGAUGGCAUGGCGAGAGCGUUGAUCCCGAAGCUGGACCUGUUCCUGUUGGCUACGAACCCGACGAUUACGGUGAGGAAGUGGAAACAUGGACCAAGGUAUUGAGGAAGACAGGGAGGCGCCUGGAAGUCUGGGGUGGAGACCGUGAUCUGGCGGUAUAUCAUGCCCGACUCCAACGCCACCAGGCCGCCGAAGACAAUCUCACUGCAGCUCCCUCUCGACCACUCACAAAUGGGACACGCAAGAAGCGACGUGCGCGUGAGUCUCCGGCACGCCAGUCCGUCCCUGAGGUGGUGAGGUCCGCGCAGUCUACGCGAGCUAGAGGGAGAGAUCUCAAUGAUGAAAUCACCCAAGAUCUGCUUGCUGAGCGAAGUGACGAAGAUAUGGACGAUGACGACUCCCAUGCCGACGGGGACGGGGAGGGAGAAGAAAGUGACUUGGAUAUGGAUUGA